AAUAUUAAUGGGAUAUACACAAUCUACAUUUGCGAUAUACUACGUACAUACUCACUAACAGGAUCUACCUGUGCUGUAUGAUUAUGGUGCAAUAAGAGUUAAAUAAUUUUAUAAUGUGUAACGAUGCACCCCGAAAUGCAUCAUUUCCUGGCGAAUACCGACCGGAAGCUGUCGCCCGAUGGUCAUCGAUCAGGCAACGGUAGAGACGCUCAUUUUUUGGGGCGGGAACCUGGUUUAGAACGCUAAAAAUAAGGCUUUCUUACAUUCAUCAAUUGUUACGGCGUGAAAGAGACUUCUAAGAUGCAGAAUAUAUUUAUGUUUGCUAAAAUCGGAGCAUUGAUGAUUAUUAUUAUAGCUGGAUUAAUCUGGCUUUGCAUGGGACAUAAAGAAAAUUUUGAAAAUAUUUUUGAAAAUACAAAUACUGAUCCGGGUAAAAUUGCUGUGGCCUUUUAUUCCGGAAUAUUUUCUUACUCAGGAUGGAAUUAUUUGAAUUUCAUGACGGAAGAAUUGAGAGAUCCUUAUGUAAAUCUACCACGUGCGAUAUAUAUAUCACUGCCAUUAGUGACCUUGAUAUAUGUUAUGGCGAAUAUUGCUUAUUUAACGGUUAUAACACCUACUGCUAUGAUUGCUUCUAAUGCCAUCGCUGUAACUUUCGGCAAUCAACUUCUUGGAUACAUGGCAUGGAUAAUACCUGUAAUGGUAGCUGUAUCUGCCUUUGGAGGACUGAGCGUUCAUAUUAUGACAUCGUCUAGGAUGUGCUUUGUUGGUGCCAGAAAUGGUCACUUCCCCUCAAUGUUAAGCCAUAUUAACAUGUCCAGACUCACACCUACACCUGCUUUAAUAUUUCUGUGUAUUUUAUCUCUCAUAAUGUUAUGUACGAGUGAUAUAUUUGUACUGAUUCCAUAUUGCAGUAUAGUAGAAUCAUUUUUCAUUAUGAUCUCUGUGGCUGGAAUUUUAUGGUUGCGUUAUAAAAGACCUAAUAUGGAACGACCAAUAAAAGUACCAUUAUGGAUACCUAUAGUAUUCGUAAUAAUAUGCAUUUUUUUGGUUAUUGUACCAUGUUACGAAAGACCAUAUGAACUCGGCAUGGGAAUUCUAAUCACUAUAACUGGUAUACCGGCAUAUUUCUUUGGUGUCGCUUGGAAGAAUAAACCGAUGUGGUUUCAAAAAAUUAACACGCCAACGUCGCGGAAAACAAUAGAGUUCCUAUUCAGCGAAGGUAAAUCUGAUUCAUCAUAUUUCGCUUUGCUUAAUAAACUUAUAUCGCUACCGGUAUCUAAGAGAGUGCAUAUUUUAGUGUUACUUAAUCUAACUUUUUUGGUUCAUCUUUGGUUUUCUGAUUGCAAUUUCGCACAACCGCUUUUCACUAUAUCGCUUUUCGCAAUCUUAUUUUUCACAGUGUCAUUCUUUUUCGUGCAUUUGGAUGCCAUGUCCUUGCUCAGCACAUUUAAAACACUUCAUUCCCUCCGAUUUCGAUGGACACUCAGCUCCUAUGUGUGAAUGUUCGCCACAGUUGAAA